UAUGAACUAUUAAUUAUUUAUUAAUUCACCAUUAACAAAAUGAAUAUUUUUAAGCUAAAGAAAAUUCCUUUGUCAUUAUUAAAUCAUAAUCAUAUAAUUAAGUUGAAAUGAUUCACGAUCAGAUCAUCCAGUUUUGAAGGGUAAUUGGUGUAAUACACAUCAUUCAAUAAGUUGCAUUCAUUUCAUUUAAUUAGAACAAAAUCUAAAAUGUAUGUUAUGUAGCUUUAUUAUUCACGUUGUAAAUUGUAGCUAAAUAUUCCUCUCUUUGUAUUAUUAUCAUUGAAACAAACGAGUGUUUAUUACAAUUUAAUAAUCAUAAUAUCACUUCCAGAAUAUUCACAUGUGAUAAACAUACAGGCCUAUUCUAAUAUGUGUAACAUACAAUAAUCGAUUUUUUACCAAUAACACAUCCUAUCACAAUAGAUAGAUUAUAUUCCAUAUAAAAUAGAAUUGAUUAUUUUAAAUUACUCAUAUGACUAAAUUUGAUCCUAUUCCAGACUUGCAUUUAUAAGUUUAGUUGAAAUAUAUAUAGACUGGGUCAUUAUUUAUCACAGUUACACUGGUUAAACUAUGGAGAAUCACUAUUUAAAAUCGAACGAAGAAAAGUUAUAUUUAAACAAUUCUACCCUGUUAACAAAAGGUAUAGAAAUUAUUAAAAAAGAAGAAAACAAUUGUAAUGUCAAUGAUAAUAACAGCCUAAAUUCAGAAAUAAUCUCCGUCAGUUCUGAUAUUAACAGCAGUUGUCCUGUUGAUUACUUCACUCUUGCAGAGACUAGUGAAUUUUCCGAGAUUAUGAAGCAAGACAUUAUGUUGCCUUCACACUUAAUUUCCAAUCAGGAGACUAUUGAGAGGAAAGAGUAUUCUGAGAGGGAGAUUACUUACAAUCUCUUUUUACGUAGACUAGUUGAUGAAUAUCUUGACAGAAAAAUCACUUAUUCACACCAACCAAAGUAUAUACUGGGUGUUCUGAAAUGUGUACUGGAGAGGAAUUUUCCUGAAUUCAGUGAUUCAUUUCAUUGUGAAAGAAUAUGCGCUUAUCUGAAAGCAUGCAGACGUAAUGCCAAAAGAAAGAAUGGUGAACCGUAUGUGAGAAUAAGUGCACGUUAUCUAAGUUCUGGAAAGGCGUCCAGUUUGGCUGAAACAAUUUACCUGAAAGAGCACAGUUAUUUAAACAAUAUGAUUUCAAGUGCGAAAAACAAUAAGUUGGUUGCGCAAGCAGCACCGAUGAGUGGUUAUCAUGAGAUCACUGAAAAUGAGAUCCAAAACACAAACAAGCUCAUUCAUCAUCAAUUACAAUUACAUGAAUCUCAUAUCCAACAGGUUGACCCACAAAUUACUACACACAUGACGAUCUAUAAUGAUGACAACAUGAAGAUUAACAACAGUUAUGAUAUUCCUGUAAAUUCCGAUGAAGAGAUUCCUACUUCAUUGAAUUCUGCUUCUCAACAACAGUAGUAGAAACAUAGAAGGAAAAAAGAACAACUUUUCUGGAGCAAUCAGAAGUUGAUAUGAUAAUAAAGAAUGGAAGUGAGAACUGCAGAACAGAAAAAAAGACGAAUGAACAAUAACAUUUAGACAGAAACGGUACUCAUGAGUAGUACUAAAAGUGAGAAAGAAGUUAAUUUCAGAGAACCCAACUAUUACACUUAUACAAGUAUGUAAAGCAUUAACGGAAUUCUUCUAUGUAGACAGGUGAUUAACCAUGUGAAUCUUACAUAAAUUAAUAUACAAAGCCAAAUAAGGACAGACGAACAGUUGCUGAGACUGUGUUCCCCACAUAGAAAAAAUAUGCAUUGUCACGAACAGAUAAUAAGAUUUGAGAUAAUAAAAAUCAAUUUCGGUGUCAAACACAAAGAAAAACGAAAAAGAUAAUUUCCUAAAUAUUCAGGAAGAACAAAUCAAAAAUAAACUCAAAAAGGAGUACAUUCAAAUUAAUUUCAGUUAUUGAUUUUUAAGUUUGUUUAAAAUUAUAAUCCUAGAAAAUCACGUGAAUAGAACAUGUAAAAACAAUAACAACAGGCAAACAAAAUGCUUUAUAAUCGCCAAUAUGUUUAGUUACAAAUAUAAAUAGAUAAAUAAAUUUGUACAUAUAGUUACAUUUAUAAAAAUUGUGUUAAUUCGAUGGGAAAGAAAGAAAUACGCCAAACACUUUGAAAAGAAUUCUCCAAAAAUAUGAAACAUCAUCACACCGGCUGUUUUGAUGAUGAGUGCAUUUUCAUCAAUUAGGUUGGAAUAAAAAUCACACAUACAUAAGCAAGGGACAGUCAACCUGACCCCCCUCAUGCUUGAGAGAACAAGAAACAACAAACAGUGACUGUUUAUAUUAACUUUUAUGGAAACAAGCAUACGCACACAUAGGGCAGAGAGGUAAAGAAUAAAAAAGAAGGAAAAAGUGAAAUCAUAAAACAAACGUAAAAAGAUUCUAAAAAUAAAAAUCGAUCAAUUAUUGAAAAAUAGAGAUAACGAAAUUGACAAGAUUUUUACAUAUUCUCCCAUAUUUCUUGUUUCCAUUCACAUUCAACACUGUAUUCAUGAAGCACGAAUCUGAGGACUUUAAAAAUAUAAAUAAAAAUUUCGACAGAUAUCAACCAACUUAUGGUCGUAUGCAUUAAAUUUUCCACUUUUCUCGGAUAUUGUAUACUGGCCAUAUGGGAUUCACGGAUUUUUUUACCAAUUUCAAGAAAUACC